AAGCGGCGGCUGUCUGCUGCUGCGGGCUGUGGGCGGAGCAGCAGCACCGUGAGACUCGGGUCUUGUGAACUAGGUGAUGGAUUCCGACCCGAUAGUGGCGCGGCGGAGGCCAUCGCUGCUGCGGUGGCUGCCACCGAUGCUGCUGCUGUGGUCCAGGUUGGCCCUUGGCGCCCUCUAUUUUAGCAGCCGUCCUCAUAGGGUCUUUCCCGACCUUCUGUCAGAGCAGCAGUUGCUGGAGGUGGAGGACUUGACCCUGUCCCUGCUGCAGGGUAGAGGUGUGGGGCCACUGUCGCUACCCCCGGACCUACCGGAUCUGGAUCCCGAGUGCCGGGACCUGCUGUUGGACUUCGCUAACAGCAGCGCGGAGCUGACCGGGUGUCUAGUGCGCAGCGCUCGGCCGGUGCGCCUCUGCCAGACCUGCUACCCCCUCUUCCAACAGGUCGCCAGCAAGAUGGACAACAUCAGCCGAGCUGUGGGGAAUACCUCAGAGAGUCAGAACUGUGCCAGAAGUCUCCUAAUGGCAGAUAGAAUGCAAAUAGUUGUGGUUCUGUCAGAGUUUUUUAAUAACACAUGGCAAGAAGCAAAUUGUGCAAAUUGUUUAACUAACAACAGUGAAGAUUUAUCAAACAGCACAGAACAUUUCCUCAGUCUAUUUAACCAAACCUUGACCUGCUUUGAGCAUAAUCUUCAGGGGAGCACACACAGUCUUCUACCACCAAAAAAUUACUCAGAAGUAUGCAAAAACUGUCAGGAAGCAUAUAAAAACCUGAGUGGUCUGUAUAGUGAAAUGCAAAAAAUGAAUGAACUUAAGAAUAAGGCUGAACCUGGAACACAUUUAUGCAUUGAUGUGGAAGAUGCAAUGAACAUCACUCGAAAACUUUGGAGCCGAACUUUCAACUGUUCAGUCCCUUGCAGUGACACAGUGCCUGUAAUUGCUGUUUCUGUGUUCAUCCUCUUUCUACCUGUUGUCUUCUACCUUAGUAGCUUUCUUCAUUCAGAGCAAAAGAAACGCAAACUCAUUUUGCCCAAACGUCUCAGGUCCAGUACCAGUUUUGCAAACAUUCAAGAAAAUUCAAACUGAAGCUACAAAGUGGAGACUUGCCAUCGUAUCACACAGAUGAGUGGUGGAAGAUCAACUGUGACCUGACAAGUCAUGUUCAUAAGAAAUGCAGGGACUUCAGAUUUAUUUUUAAAUAAGAAUUUUCAAUUUUCUUCUGCUUUCUACCCUCUUUUCAAUGAGUUGGGUAUUUUUUAAGUU